AUGGUUGGGAGGGAAAGCCCGGCAGAUGAAGAGGAGGCGGUCGACCUGGGGCUGAGGCCCCAGGUCUUUCUGAACCGCCUACUGCAUGAGGUAUUCUGCAGCGGCGCCUUCCGUCAGGCCAUGAAGGAGGGAAAACGAAGCCGGCGUAAAAUGAAAAUCCUCAUCCUACUGCUGAUCGGCUUGUUGAGCUUCCUCCUUCGCCUCUUCUCAGUCAUCCGAAAUGAACCCAUCAUACAUGAGUACGACCCCUACUUCAAUUACAAGCUAACAAAUAUAUUGAGGGAAAAUAAUUUCUACGAUUUUUGGGAUUACUUCGACGCAAAGUCCUGGUUUCCCCUAGGCAGGACAACAGGACAGACUCUCUUCCCCGGAUUGAUGCUAACUAGCCAUUUCAUAUACAAGCUUUGCAACACGCUUGGGUUUCUGAUAGAUAUAAAAAUUAUUUGCAUCUACAUGGGGCCUCUAUUCAGUUUCUUCACCUGUUUAAUGACAUAUGUUUUAACAGUGGAGGUGUAUCCUUUUGAAGGCGCAGGAUUAUUAGCAGCUCUAUUCGUUUCUAUGUCUCCUUCGCAUGUGUCCAGAACUGUUGCAGGGUCGUACGAUAAUGAAUCCAUUGCUAUAUUUUUGCUCCUUCUAUGUUUAUACAGUUGGGUUAAGUGUCUGAAGGAGGGGACUCUCCUCUCAGCUCUUCUUUGCUCACUCAGUACCUACUACAUGGCCCUCUCGUGGGGUGCCUAUAUAUACAUUACCAAUUCGAUAAGCUUAUAUAUGCUAGUCCUUUUCUUGCUAAAGAGGUACACGUUAAAGCAUCUCAUCUCCUUUAACGUGUAUUACGUGUUGACAAGUAUCCUUUGCCUGAAUAUCCCCUCCGUUGGGAGGUCCGUUUUGGUUAGUAUUGAGCACCUUGGGACGCAUGCCAUUUUUGUCUUAACGAAUGUGCUAAUCCUAGCCAGGCAUGUAAUUAUCUACCUUAAAUUGGAUGAAGAUAAGUUUAAGCGUAAGUUCGUACAAAUGUGUUUUCUCUUUUUUUUUCUCAUUUUUAAAUUUUUCAUCUUUACAAAUAAGUUGUCAUGGAAUCAUAGAUCAAGAACGCUACUAGAUCCUACUUAUGCAUCUAAGCACAAUCCCAUCGUUGCAUCUAUUUCUGAACACCAGCCUACCACUUGGUCUUCCUACUUCUUUGACGUGCACCUUGUUUUGAUUUUUCUUCCCAUUGGAAUGUACGAAUGUAUGAAGAAGCAAGCCCCGAUAGAGGCCUUCUUUUUGGGCAUUUUUUCCAUCCUUUGUUUGUACUUUUCCGCCCUCAUGGUUAGACUGCUUUUGAUAUUUUCCCCUAUCGCAAGUGUGUUGAGUGGGGUAGGGUUGUCCUCCCUGCUGAGUCGUUACGUGCGUUUCCUGCGUGUGUCUCCUAGCACCUACAGGGCGUCUCUCCUCCUUGGAAGCGAACUUCCCCACGGGGAGAGCAACUCUUCUGAGGACAGUUACACAGGGGAAGAUAAUUACACAGGUGAAGAUGGGUCAUCCGAUGGGGAGGACUGCAGUGGGCAACUGGAUUCCGAAGAGAAGGCACAUCGACAAGGGGAAGGCAGCUACACAGAUGGAAAGAGCAAUCCUGCAAGCAACCCCGUCAGUAGGUCCAACAGUGCGUUAACAGAUGCACCUCCAGAACACCGCAUCGUGAAGCUUCCCUUCAACAGAACGGAGAACACCCACGUGUCUAUCCUGACAAGCCUCUGCGUAAUAACUCUCCUAGCGUACCUAGUAAUUCUGGCGGUUCUGCAUUCCACGUGGUGCUCCUCCAUAGCCUACUCCGAGUCUAAUAUAUCCUUUUACAGCAGAAAUGAAAAGGGAGAGAGGUACAUCAAUGACGAUAUCAGGCAGAUGUACAAAUGGAUUCAACAGAACACAAGGACAGAUUCUAGGAUAGUGGCUUGGUGGGAUUACGGAUACCAAUUAAGUGUCAUGGCAGACAGAGUGACCUACGUAGAUAACAACACAUGGAGCACGGCACAUAUUGCCACAGUUGGGUUGAUCCUCUCUGUAAAUGAAAAACAAGCCUACGAAUAUGUGAAGGAGCUAGAUGCAAAUUACGUCCUCGUCUCCUAUGGGGGCUAUUCAAAGAACUCCUCAGAUGACCUUAACAAAUUUUUAUGGGUUCUAAAAAUCACGAACGAGAAAUUUAAGCAUAUAAACCCACUCCUAUACUAUUAUCACGAUAAGCAUCACCCGUUAGGAAAAAAUGCAACCCCUUUUAUGUCGAACAGUCUCCUCUACAGACUCUCCUACUUUAACGUAUCGAAUGGAAAACACAGGGGGUAUGACUACAUUCGCAAGUUGGAGGUUCCGGAGGUUAAGGAACUUCGAUACUUUGAGGAGGUAUUCACAUCCGAUGUGUGGGGCUUCCGUUUGUACAGGGUUAAGGAGGACAUCUAA